AUGCUCCGUCGUUGUGCUCAGAGAAGCUCUGUCUCUCCUCUCCACAGUGUGUGGAUGAGCUCUCACUUGGGCAUCACGGCUCAACAACAAGCUCGUAACUAUAGCAGUCAUCAUCAACCUCAUCAUCCACUCCCAAAGACUUUUGGAGUUGUUGGUGCCGGACAGAUGGGAGGAGGUAUUGCCUUGGUUGCGGCCAUGAAUGCCAAAAUCCCUUCCGUUCGUGUUCACGAUGUUUCAGCUCAAUCCAUUGAAAAGUGCAAAAAGUUGAUCCAGACCUUGUUGGACAAGUAUGUUCAAAAAGGAACAUUGACUGCUGAAGAGAGACAAGUUAUUCUUUCUGAAAGACUCUCCUUCUCAUCAGGAACUGAUUUGAGUAAAUUAGCUUUGGGAUGUGAGUUUAUUGUGGAAGCUGCUACUGAACAAACAGAAUUGAAAUUAGGCUUGUUCAAAGAUUUAUCUCAAAUGGUUCAUUCCAAUAACAGUGCCGAAACAAGCAAAACAAUUCUUGCCACCAAUACAUCCUCAAUUUCAAUCACAAAGAUUGCUUCUCAAACAUUGGAUCCAUCCACAGUGAUUGGAAUGCACUUUAUGAAUCCAGUACCUGUUAUGACACUUGUUGAAAUUAUUAGAGGACUUCAAACAUCAGACGAGACCUAUGAAAGAACUACUCAGUUGGCUCAUGCCAUGCACAAGACUUGUACUCUUUCUAUCAAGGAUUCCCCAGGAUUUAUUGCUAAUCGUAUUUUGAUGCCAUAUAUUAACGAAGCUGUCAAUGUUUUGCAUGAAGGAAUUGCAACUGUUGAAGAUAUCGACAAGACCAUGAAAUUGGGUACCAAUGUUCCAAUGGGUCCAUUAACAUUGGCUGAUUUUAUCGGUUUAGAUACCUGUUUGGCAAUCAUGAGAGUGCUCUACACAGAAUUUGCUGACAGCAAAUACAGACCAUCUCCAUUGUUGGUCAAGAUGGUAGAAGCUGGAUGGCUUGGUAAGAAGACUGGUAGAGGUUUUUACAAGUAUUAA